AGCCAUAACGUCCCCCACUGCAAGGCAUCGUUUGCGCAUCGCCAUCGUCGGUCCCCCAUUCGAAGUGCAGCGUUCGAGCUAACCGGCAUUCUUCCGUAGUUCGUGUUUUAUCCAUUUUUCGAGUCUUUGACGAAAGCUAUUUAGUUACAAAUUAGUUAAGAUGUCCUGUCCAGUUCCUGCCCCAGCCUUGAAGGACCUUCCCCGAGUGGCCGGUGACCUCAAGAGCGAGCUUGAGGGCUUCAAACCGACCAACUUGAAGAAUGCCGACACUCAAGAGAAAAUUGUUCUUCCCUCGGCUGAAGAUGUGGCUCAGGAACGCACGCAUAACGCACUGAUCGCAGGAGUAGAGAAUUUUAAGUCUUCCUCCCUCAAACGAACAGAUACCAGAGAGAAGAUCGUGUUACCGAACGCCCAAGAUGUAGCGGCCGAGAAAACGGAGAAAGCUCUGAUCGCCGGUAUCGAGCAUUUCGAUCCAAGUAAACUCAAACACACCGAAACUCAGGAGAAAAAUCCUCUUCCAGACAAAGACGUCGUGCUACAAGAAAAAAAUCACCUUAAUCUGCUAAACGGAGUCGAACAUUUCGACAAAGCCACAAUGAAGCAUACCACCACGGCUGAAAAGAUUGUUUUACCCGAUAACGAAGUGAUUGAACAAGAAAAAGGCCAAAGACAGUUGAUUUCCGGUAUUGAAAAUUUCGAUAGUAGCAAACUAAAGCACGCCGAAACCUGCGAGAAAAAUCCGCUACCAACUAAGGAAAUAAUCGAUCAAGAGAAGAGUGCUUAAGCCAUUUAUUCCUUCAACCUCUGGCUCAAUUGUAAACAUGCCAAUUUUUGUAUUAUUUUAUACUUUUAUAUGAUAAAUGAUACACACGUAUUUAAAUAAAUGAUAUCAUCAAGUAUGUAUAUGUAUAAUGAUACCUUAGCUUUUAUUCUAUGAAUUUUGAUACUAAUAUUAUAUUCGGAUUUAUUUUGUACUUAGGACUUAGUUUUUAAUGAUAAAACGAUUAAUUUUGCAUGAAAUGGUGCUUCAAUAAAUUGUAAUUAAAGA